AUCUAUUGGCGACGGUGCUGUUACUGCUUUCAGAUAACGGUAGUUGCUUGUUCCGCAAGUGUCAUGCAUUGUCUUCGAUUACGAUGCCGCCCAUGACAACCACCCACGACCAUCUUCCCUUAGCAAGGAAGGCAAUGGAUUAUUUUGAUCGGUCGUCGGAUCCAUUCCUAGCGGUGAAGACAUCCAUCGAUUUGUUGAAAGAAGCGGGUUUCGAAGAACUCGACGAGACAGGAACCACCGUCGAAAUUAUCCGUGGUGGAAAAUAUUACUACACACGCAACAGGAGUUCUCUAGUAGCCUUUACCGUUGGUGAAAAGUUUCAAGCAGGCAACGGGGGCUUCAAGAUAAUCGGUGGACAUACCGACUCUCCAAACUUGCGGGUGAAACCUCGAUCGAAACGAAGCGACAAGAAUGCCAAGUCAAUUCAGAUCGGGGCUGAGUGUUACGGGGGUGGUUUGUGGCACACUUGGUUUGACCGCGAUUUGGGUCUCUCUGGAAGAGUGUUUUGCCGAAAUCGAAAUGGUGAUGUGGAAUCUAUUGAUCAGCGGCUUGUCAAGGUACGUCCACUUUCCCGUUCGGUUGCUCACGACGAAGGACUUGUGUUCGCUUGUUGCGUGCUGCGUGAUUGUGCGAUUUCCAUUCCGUUCAACUAAAUCUGUGCCUUGUAUCUUUUGUGCCUUUUGGAUGGAUUUCUCUUCUUUUGUGAAUCCGACUACGUAUCGACUCACCCUGAAAUCUAUCGAUUGAUCGAUUUAGAUCGAUCGAGCAAUUUUGAGGAUUCCUACUCUGGCAAUUCACUUGGAAACUGCCGAGGAACGAAAAGGUGCGUUACUCUAAGUUUUUUGCAACGUACAUCGGGUCACUUCCAUCGGCAUAAAUGGUGGUAAUUCCUAACAUCAUCUUGUCUCUUUCUGGAUUCAAGCCUUCAAGAUCAAUAAAGAAAACCACCUGAGUCCAAUUUUGGCGCAGGCGGCACAAAAAGCAUUGUCUGGUGACACCGACGACAGCGAAAGUGGCGACAACGGCAAGGUAUCGUCGAAGAAGGAUGAUGAAGAUGGUUGGACGGAAUAUCAAGAGCCGCUGUUGCUACAACUUUUAUCCAGCGAAUUAGGCAUUCCCAUCGACGACAUCGUAGAUUUUGAACUAAGCUUGUUUGAUAUUCAAAAAGCUUCCUUAGGUGGUAUUCACUCUGAGUUUGUCCAUUCGGCGCGGCUAGACAACCUCGCUAGUUGCUUUAUUGCGGUCCAGGCACUGAUGGAUUGUGCACAGCAGGAUGGUUUUUUGGAGAAUGAUGAGGACGUAAGCAUGGUGGUGUUGUACGAUCACGAAGAAAUCGGGAGUACUAGCGCGUGAGUGCCAUAAUUUAUAAAAUGCAUGAGCGCCACAUUAACAUCUGGCAUGUGCUCCUCAUGAAUUGAAUUUCCUAAUUACGUCUGCUGUUUCAUUUGAUACCUCUUCAUUCCAGUGUUGGAGCAGCAAGUCCUAUUCUGGGAGAGGCUGUUAAGAGAAUUUCUUCAGUACUCAACGAGGAGGAACAAGCUGUAGCUCCCCAUGAUCUAUACGAAGCUACUGUACGACAUUCCUUCGUUUUGAGUUCCGAUCAAGCACAUGCCCUGCAUCCCAAUUAUGCUUCGAAACACGAAAAAAACCACCAGCCACAGAUGAAUGCAGGAAUGGUAAUCAAACGAAAUUCGAACCAAAGAUAUGCGACGACGGCAGCUACCGGUAUUUUGAUGCGAGAAAUUGCAAGGCGUUCAAAUCUACCUCCGGUUCAAGAAUUCAUCGUCCGACAAGAUUGUGGUUGUGUAAGUAGCUUUUCAGACGCUAGGGAAGCACAGAAGACUUCAACUAACAUGUAGCCUUCCCAAAAUUAUGGUGUAUGACUUAACUUUUCCUCUCAAUUUUUCUCAUGUUACUUUUAACACUUUGAUAAAAACUUCGUAAAAAACAUGAAGGGAUCUACGAUUGGCCCUUUGAUAAGUUCAUCUACAGGUAUUCGAGCGAUCGAUAUGGGGUGCCCGCAGCUUUCUAUGCAUUCGAUACGAGAAACUAUGGGAGUUUGUGACUGUAAGUCUAGAAGUAGCCUGAACUGAAUUAUAUCGAAUCUUGUGUGGUUUGAUUGGAUUGUAUAACACUUCAUCUCACGCCUCUUAUUUCAACAUUGCAAAGUAUCUAAUGGGUUGGAGCUUUUCAAAGCUUUCUUCAUGAAAUUUCGCGAGGUUGACAAAUCACUAGAGAAGUAAUUUGCAAUAACUGUGACAUUACUAUUCAUUUGGGCUUGUCUUAGUAUUGUAAUAGUACUUUCAAAAAUCUUUUUCAAAUUGAAAACAGGCACUUUGUUGUUGCAAACAAGAAACAUUCAUCAAAAAUUAUGCGAUGGCUCCGUCAAUAGAGCACAUCCAGCUUG